AUGGCGACAGGAGCGCCUGCUGACAAUCCCAUCACCCACGGAGCAAAUGCAUUUUCUUAUGAAAGUAUGUUGAGAAGCAUCUAUGCUUGUGAACUUGUGAAGCGGUUGUUGAUAUGGAUUGGUAGUUCAGGGGAACUCCACAUUCCAUUGAAGCUACAGAGUGUGAUGUUUAUCCUAUGGGCACCAUUGUGCCCUGGCUGGGUCAGGUCAGUCAGGAGAGGCCAGGGCGCUGGCAUGGCACUUGUGCCGCAGUUCAGUACUACUGUCGUCGAACAUGGCGUUCGCAAGGGUUUAUCUUGGGACACUGAAAAUGUAUGCAGUACUACCAGGCAGUGUGAGUGUGCGUGCAGGAGGGAAACAAAAACCGAAGGUAUACAGCUGCGACGGGCAGUGGCGAAGUACCAAGAGUCUGGGACGUGGGCAGAGACGGUUGACGAAAUGGAACAGGAAAUUGAAGAUCUGAGGAGAGAGGUGGAUCUGCUGAGAGCUGAGCGAGCUAAUCAGCAAGAGGCGGCUCGACAUGCGGUGCCAGAUUCCGUGGGAGGUGCCGUAAGGGCGACACCAGUGGAAAUGGUGCAGAGAAGUCACUGUGUCCCUAUGUUCAAAGGAAAGGAAGAUGAACUGACAGGAGGCGAAUGGAUUACCCGUGUUGAGUCCGAAAUAGAACGGACCGCAAUCCUGGGAGAUGCCGCGAAGGUAAACUUUAGAGUCAGUUACAUCCACCCCGACCAGGGGAGGGCAAAGACUGCUCAAAUGAUGACCUCUUAAUAUAUCUCGUGGGAGGAGUUCAAGAAGGGUAUUCUGGCUCAAUUCUCCCAGAAGAAGAAGGUUUGGAAUGAAUGCCUAAGAGAUGCCGAAAGAUAUAGGGAUGAGUCCUUCGAAGAGUGGAGGAAUAGCGACAGAGCUAUCGAAAUGAAUUUCACUUUAAGAGUGUGGCCUUUUCCAGUGGAUAUGUUCUUCUCCAUAACCAAGAGAACUUUGGCAACAACUAUGGUGGGCUGUGCUUUGGAUAAGUACAAAAUAGGAGAAGAAUGGGAUAUACCAAAGUUAAGGACCACACCAUACUCUCAAAUCAUGGAAGAUUUUAGGAGAUGGGUGGAAAAGAACCCAGAAAAUGAUUUACAGUUCCAGUCAACUCUCCGACCUAGAUUUAAAACAGGGGUUCAACAUUCACGUAUGUCGAAGUCAACAGGAGCCAGACCCAAGAACCCUGUAAAGCUUAAAUGUUUCUUCUGUGAAGAGGAGGGACAUAUGGUCAUAAACUGUCCACUGAAGAAAAGUUAUGAUGCUAGCAAAGAGUCAAAAAAACUCUUCGGCUCCGUCCCAGGGGGACGGCAACGAAAAGGAAUAAAAGUAAAAGAUAAAAUUGUAUGGGCAGGAGUUGAAUGCCUCAUCAUUCCUAUUUUAGCGUCUUCUCUUCCCAGAUAUCUAAUGACUAAGGUAAAGGUACCUAAUAGUCGAAAGUCUUUUACUGCAGUUUGGGACUCCGGGGCCAGCCCAACAUUGGUUAAGUAUUCUAUGUACAGGGAACAGGAGGAGGUGAAAGAGAGGGGCCACAAGGAUCCAAGGAACCUUCCUUCUCCGCUUGAACCACGUGAACUGCUCGUAAAUGGAAUACUUGAGGGAGAACCGGUGAAGGCACUAGGGGAGCCCAAAUGA